AUGUCGGCACCAUUCUCCCGCACAGCAGGCCAGGUCCUUGCAAGGAGGCUCUUCUCCUCCACGUCACGGGCGCAGUCCGUACAUGCGAGUGCAGGGUCCGAGUUCCGAGCCCUGUUCAAGCCCGCGAGCUCCAUGGGGUCGCAACCGACGGACUGGGGCAGAAUAAUUCGCACUCGUGCAGUAACCGCAGUCAUUUACUUCACAGGCAUGGGCACCGUCCUCGGCUGGCCUCUUGCCGCAGCAUGGGCCUUGGAUGGCAAGAUCGGGAGCGGCAUCUUCUGA